AUGGACCCAAUAUGUCUCGCAACUGCCCUAAAACUAAGGAAAGCUUUCUCUAAAUCUUUAGCUAAACCUCUUCGAAUGAUCAGGAAAAAAAAGAGUCGUACACAUAGCACGGAGAGGGCAAUGCCGAGGAGGAGGAAUCAAGAUGACCAUUUCAUAGCUACCAAAGUAGCUGACAGGACAGAAGUAAGGGGUCCUGGUCAACCCUCGAAAGAAAAGAUAUCUGAAGAAAUUAGUCAGAGCAGAAGAAUGUUGGAGAAACACAAGUACUGGGUAAAAUUUGAUCCCACCAGACACCAGUUUUUUAAGGUCAUGGUUUGCGAGUUCAGAAAUCAACUUGUCAUUCCCAAACAAUUUGCAAAUAGGUUUCAAGAAAAAUUGUCAGACACUAUCCGUCUUAGAGGACCAAGUGGACACAUUUGGGCUGUAAAGCUUACAAAAACAACUAAUGACUGGCUAUUUCAAAAUGGUUGGGUGAAUUUUGUCCAAGAUCAUGGCUUGGAAGAAGCCGAUUUUCUUGUUUUUCAAUACGAGGGCAACUCAUCAUUCAAGGUCACUAUUUUCACCAAGACAGGAUGUGAGAGAGAAGGUUCUUAUUUCAUCAAGGAACACACAAGUUCCUGUUCAAGAUUCUGUUCUGCAAAGCCAAACGUAGACUCGGAUUAUGACCCUAUGGAAAAUGUGAUAACAUUGAAUGAAUCUAAUAACAAAAAUAAGCAAAAAGGGAAAACAAAGAAGGAAAGAGAGAACCAAAGGGAUGAAAGUAUGAUGGUUCAUUAUCUUUUCGUUUAUACCAAGUCCUAUGGAAAGCAGGGCUGGGAAAAAAGUUAUUCCUACUAUCUUCUAUCAAACAGAAGACAAGUAACUGCAGAAGAGAAGAAGAGAGCUCGCCUGUUGGCUGCCAAGCAUUCAUCUACUCAACCUUCAUUCAAGCGGGUCAUGAAGCCUACUAAUGUGUAUCAUUACUUUUUCUUGUGUAUCCCUAAAGAGUGGAGAAAGAAGCAUAUUCCUGCUACAAAUGGUAUGGAAAUUGAGCUAAGAGUCCCUGCAAGUAAAAAGACAUGGUCUGUUCGGUUAAAAAACAACAAGUACAAAUUUGGAAUUGGAAAAGGAUGGUGUAAAUUUGUUCUGGACAACAACUUAGAAGAAUCUGAUAUCUGUAUCUUUGAGCUCAAACAGGGAGCGAAGGCAAACAAGGAGACAGUCAUCUUCAACGUGAUCAUAUUUCGAGUUGUGGCUGAAGUUGUUCCCUUAAGACCCUCGACCAAAGUCGCUGCUUAA